AGAGACUGUGGGACUAAAGUUAGGUGUCUCAAAUGUCCAGCAACAUGCAGGAAUACACAGUCAGAAAUCUCUCUUACACAGACUUCAUCCUGAUUGGUUUCUCUGGACCCAGAGAGUGGAGGCAACUUCUCUUCAUCCCAUUUUUUAUCAUCUUUGUAAUAUCAGUCAUUACAAACAUCAUUCUUAUGUCUAUAAUCCUAUCAAACAGGGUUUUGCAUUCUCCCAUGUGUCUGCUGAUAUGUGCAAUGUCCUUUGUUGACCUUACUAUAAUAAUCUGCUGUGUUCCACAUAUGCUUUUCAGUCUCUUACUAAACUGGAACCAUAUAUCUCUAUUGGGUUGCUUGGUUCAGAUGUUCUUUGUUCAUGCAGGUGGUGGCCUCCAGUCCACUAUUUUCAUGUGGAUGGCACUGGAUCGAUACUUUGCCAUCUGUGCACCGCUUCGUUACAAUGAACACAUGAGCUGCUCUGCCUUCCUAAAAUUUGUCCUAGUUCCUGUGCUGAGAAAUGUCAUUUUUGUCCUAGCAGUCAUAAGCCUUGCUGGAUCCCUGUCGUACUGCCAGUCCAAUGAGAUCGAUCACUGUUUCUGUGAACACAUGGCACUGGUCACACUGGCCUGUGGCUCCAUACGAAUCAACAACAUCCUUGGACUGGCUGGUACUUUUUGUGUCCCGGCAGUUGAUUUUCUUUUAGUAACUGCCUCCUACAUAAAAAUAUUUGUCUCUGUUUUCAGGUCAGGGAAGUCUAGCCAAAAAGCUCUCAGUACCUGUAUCACUCAUAUUAUGGUAAUAACCGUGAGUUUAAUUUUUGUCCUAACAUCAUACCUUUCAUACAGAGGAAGCAGCAAUUUUUCAUCAAAUAUCCGUGCUGUAAUAAGUACAAUGUAUUUGCUCAUUCCUGGCUGUUUCAACCCUGUUAUUUAUGGCAUCAGGACAAAAGAAAUAAGGCUACACAUGAUGAAAGCACUGAAAUGUGGAAAAAUUACCCCAUCUCACUAA